AUGGAGAAGAAAGGUGUUAGUGAAGUGUGGGGGGGUGGGGAUGGGAAGGGAUUUAGAGGUGGAGAGAUUGGUUGGUGUGUGGGUGUUGUUUUUUUUUGGUUGUGUUUUGGGGUGGGGGUUUUGGUUUAUUUUUGGGGGGUGGGGUGGGUGGUUGUGUUGGGGGUGGUUUGGUUUUGUGUGUGUUGUGUGGUUGGGUUUUUUUGGGGGGGGUUUUUUUUUUUUUUUUUUGGUUGUUUUGGGUUUGGUGUUGUGUUGUGGUUUGGUGGGGGGUGGGGGUGUGUUGGUGGUUGGGGGUGGUGGGGGUUGUGUGGGUGGUGUGGGUUGUUGGAUGUGGGGGGUUGUAGGGUGUGGUUGGUGUUGGGUGUGUGGGUUUUUUGGUGGUGGGUUGUGUUUUGGGUGUGGGUGUGUGUGGGUGUGAUGUGUGUGUUUGGGGUGGUUUUUUGUUUUGGUUUGUGUUUUGGUUGGUGUGUUUGGUGUGGUUUGUUGUUUGUUUUUUGUGUUUUUUGUUUUGUGUGUGUGUGUUUUGUUGUGUUUUGUUUUUUUUGUUUUUGUGGGGGUGUUGGUUGGGGGGGUUGUGGGGUGUGUGGGUGUGGUGUGUUGUGGUGGUGUGGGGGGUGGGUGGGUUUGGGUGGGUGGUUGGGGGGGGGGGGGGGGGGGGUGGGGUUUUGUGGUUGGGUUGGUGUGGGGGGUUGGGGGGGGGUGGGUGUGGGUGUUUGGGGGUGGGUGUUGGGUGGGUGGGGGGUGGGGGGGUGGGUUUGGUGUUUUUGUUUUUUUUUUGGUUUUUUUGGUUUUGGGGGGUUGGUUUUGGGGGGGGGGUUUUUGUGUGGUUGUGGGGGUGUGGGGGUUUGGGGGUUUGUGGGUGUUUGUUUUUUGUGGUUGGUGGGGGGUGGGUGUGGUGUGGGGAGGGAUUGGUGGUUUUGGUUGGUGGGGUGGGGUUGUUUGUGUUGUUUGUGUUUGUGUGUGUGUGGGGGUUGGGGUGUUUUUGGGGGGUGUUGUGUGUGGGGGUUUUUGUGGGUGUGGGGGGGGUGUUUUGUGUGGGUUUGUGGGGGAGUUUUGUGGGGGUGUUGGGGGGUUGGGGGUUGGGUGUGUGGUUGGGGGGGGUGGUUGGGUGGUUGUGGGGGGUUGGGUUUGGGUGGGUGGGGGGGGUGGGGGUGUGGUGGGGUUGUGGGGGGGGUUGGGGUGGUUUGGGGGGGUGUUUGGGGGUGUGGGUGGGGGUGUGGGGGGUUGUGGGGGGUUGUGGGGGGGGGUUUGUGUGUGGUGGGGGGUGGGGUGGGGUGUUGGGGUGGGUUUUGUGGUGUGGGGGGUGUGUGUGUUUGUGUUUGGUGUUGUGGUUGUGUUUUGUUGGUUGGUGGGUUGGGUGUGGGGGGGUUUGGGGGUGUUUUGGGGGGGGUGUGGGUGUUGGUUUUUGGGUUUUGUUGGGUUUGUGUGGGGUUGUGGUUGUUAUGUUUGUUUUUUUUUGGGUUUUUUGUGUGUGGGUGGGGGGUGGGGGUUGGGGGUUGUGGGUGUUUUUGUGGGGUGGGUGGUGGGGGGGGGGGGGUGUUGUUGGGGGUUGUGGGUGUGGAUGUAGUGGUGGUGGGGGGUGGGUGUGUGGGGGGUUGGGGGGUGGAUUUGGUGUGUUGA